UCCCCUUCAAACUGAUUCCGAAUCAUCUUGACACAUCGUUAUUUCUUACAAUUUUAUAAUUUGUUAAAUUAUUUUAGUUUAUUUUUUGUUCAUUUCUACUUAUUUAUAAACUGAUAGGCUAAAGAAAAAGACCGAGCUAGCGAGCUUAAGGUCUUCAGCUCUAAGGCCUCAGGCCUCGGCCUGUGGUCGCCGCAACUCAUCAACACCUGAAACAGCGGAAUUAUCCCGAAUUUUUCACACCAAGCAUUACACCACAUUUGCAACUAAAAUGUCACAGUGGAACAAUUCUUACGUGUACAACAACCAAUACCAAGGUGAAAAUACCUGGAACGGAGAUCUGAAUACUCAAUAUGCAAAUCAAGGUUACUAUCCCAAUCCUAAUCAACAAUAUGACUCCGCCAACCAACAGUAUGUGAGCUUCAAUGAGUUUAUAAAUCAAAUGCAAAGCAAUGGGGCGCCUCAACCUAGUGCUAAUAACUACAAUAAUUCACAGUAUCAGAAUUAUGGUCAAUAUGAUUAUCAAAAUAUGCCAUCUACCUCCCAAAAUUCACAAGUAGACAGUUAUUAUGCAGGUAACUCUUCAAAUAGCCAGAAUGGUGCAGAAUCAUACAAUCAAAGUCAGUAUGAGCAACAGCCACAAGAACAAGCUUCCUACUCAAAUGAGUUAAUACUCAAAUCAAACUUAACUCCAACUGCUUCUGAAUUUGUGCCAAAAAGUACUAAAGCAAAGCCUUCAAGAAGUGUUCAAAAUGUCCCUGAAACGACCAACUCUAAUAGUAGUAAUAAUGGUGCUACUGAGUAUAAAAAGAGUCAUGGAAGCUCUUCUGACACCAACUGGAGAGAGAGACCACAGUCAUCUCAACAGAAUGGUGAAACUAAACAUAACAGUCGCUAUCAAGACAACUAUAGACAUCAGGAGAAUAGCAACAGAAACCGGGAUCGCGACCGUGACAGGAACCGUUACCAAGACUCAAAUAGUCACAACUAUGAGUCAAACAAUAGACCUGAUAGGAAUCAAUCAAAGUCCAAUGGUAAAUCUAAAAAACAAGAUGCUGAUGGUCUUACUUUUUAUAAUAGUUCUAUAAAUAAGAGAGGGCAGGACCAUCGUAAUGGAAAAGGGGAAGGUUCCGGCAGGAACCGGAACUGGGCAGGAAGUCAGAGACUCCGAGCUGAAAGAAAUUACACAGAGGAUGAGCAGUAUGCAAACAGUUAUUUGCAAUACAAAGAGGAGAAAGCAGAGAGGUUGGCAAAACAAGAAAAUCCCAGUCCUAAAUUCAGAAACAAACAAACUGCAGAGACAGCACACACAGAAAUGACCCAGCGGGAGAGACUGAGUGAGCAGCUGGACAAGGGCACUCUGGAGUGCCUGGUGUGCUGCGAGCGCGUCAAGCAGAUCGACCCCGUGUGGUCCUGCGGCAAUUGCUACCACGUACUCCAUCUGCGGUGCAUCCGAAAGUGGGCCAUGAGCAGUGUUGUUGAGGGGAAAUGGCGUUGCCCCGCCUGCCAGAACACAAGCGAAGAGAUCCCCACCGAAUACCGCUGCAUGUGUGGCGCGACUCGCGCUCCUGAGUACCAGCGCGGUGGCAGCGGCGCUCACACUUGUGGCAAGUCCUGCAAGCGGCCUAGAGCCUGCCCGCAUCCGUGUACCUUGCUGUGUCAUCCCGGGCCGUGUCCGCCCUGUCAAGCCACUGUCAGCAAAAAAUGCGGCUGCGGCGCCGAAACACGCUCCGUUCUAUGCAGCAGCAAACUCCCGCAAGUGUGCGGGCGAACUUGCCACAAGACGCUGACCUGCGGCGCGCACGCCUGUCAAGCGCCGUGCCACGAGGGCGCAUGCCAGGACUGCGAAGAGACUGUCACGCAAGUGUGCUACUGCCCCGCCGCGAAAAGCCGCUCGGUCCCGUGCACUCGCGAGACGGGCAGCCAGCAGCAGUGGUCGUGCGGCUCGGCGUGCGCGCGCGUGCUGGCGUGCGGCCGCCACGUGUGCACGCUGGCGUGCCACGCGCCGCCCUGCGCGCCCUGCCGCCUGCUGCCGCGCCUGGUGCUCACGUGUCCCUGCGGGAAGAACAAGUUAGACAAAGACUCGCGCAAGUCGUGCACGGACCCUAUCCCGCUGUGCGGUGGCAUCUGUGCCAAGCCGCUGCCUUGUGGACCAGCUGGAGAUAAGCACUUCUGCAAGCUGGACUGCCAUGAAGGCGAAUGUCCCGUGUGUCCCGACAAGACAUUAGUCCAAUGUCGCUGCGGGCACUCCAGCCGCGAGGUGCCUUGCGCGGAGCUAUCGCAGAUGAUCAACAACGUGCUGUGCCAGAAGAAGUGUAAUAAGAAGCUGUCGUGCGGCCGGCACCGCUGCCGCACCGUGUGUUGCGCGGCGUCGUCGCACCGCUGCGCCGUGGUGUGCGCGCGCACGCUGUCGUGCCAGCUGCACCGCUGCGAGGAGUUCUGCCACACCGGACACUGUGCGCCGUGCCCGCGCGUCAGUUUCGAGGAGCUCCGUUGCACCUGCGGCGCGCAAGUCUUACUCCCACCAGUACGCUGUGGCGCGCGGCCACCAGCCUGCGACGCGCCGUGCCGCCGCCGCCGCGCCUGCCUGCACCCGCCGCACCACUCGUGCCACACCGGCGACUGCCCGCCCUGCGUCGUGCUCACCACCAAGCGCUGCCACGGCCAGCACGAGGAGCGAAAAACGAUACCAUGCUCGCAAGACGAAUUCUCGUGUGGGCUGCCGUGCGGCAAGCCGCUACCUUGCGGGAAGCACACCUGCAUCAAGACCUGCCACAAGGGAGAAUGCGACACUAGCAAAUGCACUCAGCCGUGCAACGAGAAGCGCCCCAGCUGCGGGCACCCGUGCGCCGCGCCCUGCCACUCGGGCACCGGCGCGCCCUGCCCCAGCGCCGCGCCCUGCCGCCGCCCCGUGCGCGCCACCUGCGCCUGCGGCCGCCGCUCCGCCGACCGCGCCUGCGCCGACAACGCGCGCGACUACAACAAGAUGAUGAGCGCGCUGGCCGCGACUAAAAUGCAAGAAGGCGGUUCCGUCGAUUUAUCCGACGUACAACGUCCAGGCUCCAUGCUCAAAACCUUGGAUUGCGACGACGAGUGCCGCGUGGAGGCGCGCACGCGGCAGAUGGCGCUGGCGCUGCAGAUCCGCAACCCCGACGUGUCGGCCAAGCUGGCGCCGCGCUACAGCGACACGCUGCGGGCUACGGCUGCCCGCGAGCCUGCCUUCGCGCAGCAGAUACAUGACAAGCUUACGGAGCUCGUGCACCUCGCUAAGAAGUCGAAGCAGAAGACGCGCGCGCACUCGUUCCCAUCAAUGAACUGGCAGAAGCGGCAGUUCAUCCACGAGCUGUGCGAGCACUUCGGCUGCGAGAGCGUGGCCUACGAUGCCGAGCCCAACCGCAACGUCGUCGCCACCGCCGACCGCGAGAAGUCGUGGCUGCCCGCGAUGAGCAUACUGGAAGUCGUGCAACGUGAGGCCGGCAAGCGCAAGGUGCCCGGGCCCGUGCUGCGCCCGCCCGCCGCCUCCAGCGCCGCCGCCGCCGCCGCCGGCAACAAACCGUCCGGCUGGGCAACGCUGACGUCCACGAACGCGUGGGCCGCGCGUAGUCAGCCCAAGCCGCAGCCGCAGCCGCCGCCGCAGGACAAGCUGGACUACUUCGACUACCCGCCGGACAACUAGGCCGGACAACGCCUGGCAACUAUGCUCGGAAGCCGGACACUGUAGCACUGUGUCCUAAAUCAGCGACGAGCGCGAUUAUCUAUACUAAUAUUAUAAAUGCGGAAGUAACUCUGUCUGUCUUGCUUGCUUUCACGCCUAAACCACUGAACCGAAUCUGAUGAAAUUUAGCAUAUAGAUAGUUUGAAAGGAUAUAGGACAGUUUUAUCCCGGUUUUUGAAACAGGGACGCGCGCGAUAAAGUUUUUCUGUGACAGACAAAUAUCAAAGCUAGUAAAAUAUACAUCUCUUACUUGCGGCCUACGUGCCAAUAUGCGGCGUAUCAUCGUGUCCCGUCGCAUAGCGUUGCGUUCGGCGCUGACUAAGGACACCGCGAAACACCUGGCGCACACGGUAAGUAGCAAGCAACCACGAUACAGGCAAUCUAAACCUUAAUUCUUUAGAAAUUUCCAUCGAUGUAAACAAACACUUGUGCACACAAUUACACUAUAAUACUCACGUUUUCUUAAUAUCAUACACAUUAUUUCACAAGGUCAUGAAACCAACUUUAUUCUCAUGAUGAAACAAAUAUGAAAUCUAACUUUGAAAACAAAAUAUUUUAACAAAAUAUUUGGAUGGUGAAAAUUUGUGCUUCAUGUUAAAAUGUCAAAUCGAUAUUUGACAUUGAAAUUUAGGUCCUAUCUCUGGAAAAUCUGUAAGUCAUAGACAAUAUUCAUAGAUAAUAAUCUGUAAAUUUUAUCGAUUUUAUUUCAAGUAUUCAAUUAUUUCAAUUACCAAUUACUUUGAUAAUAUUAAUUUAAAAUAAAAUAUAAACGAGGUUAUAUUCAACAAUGUAUUUUUUCUUCAUUGAAUGCAACAACACACUUUGCGAAGAAGUCUUUGAAUUCCUUUAUUAUACAGACGAGUGUCACAUAAAAAAGGCAUUUCGACCACUUUUCGACUGGUUUACGAUUUUAUUGUGCACUUUGUCUAGACCCACAGUAUAAUUUAAAUUAUAUUUCCUAAACAAAUAAAA